AUGAGUGAAGCAUGGUUGACGCCGACACGCCCGUACUUUUUGGCGUGGGCACGUCGUAGUGUGCGUCUGCAAUCUCGGAUUUCCUACCCCUCCUCCCUCUUAACACCGCUGCAGCGAUGUCCGAUAUCCUCAUCAUCCCAUCCCGAAAAGCGACGCCGUCUCCUCACCCUUGCGAUCGAGACUUCCUGCGAUGACACAUGCGUCGCCGUGCUAGAGAAGGAAGAAGGUGCGGGCGGAGCCGCACAUCUUCGCUUCAAUGGCAAGAUUACGUCCGAUAAUCGAGAGUUUCGAGGCGUUUACCCCAUCGAGGCCGUGAAAUCGCAUAGCCAGCAUCUGUCGAAUAUGGUGCGGGAGGCUAUGUGUACAUUCCCCGACGCUUUCGAAGAAUUAAAUACUUCAAGUAAUAGAAGAGAUGGCGAUAAUGACGGAGAGAAUGGGGCUAUAAAUCCUCGAGAAAACGUGCUCUGGGUCGACGGACAAGCACGUCGGAAGCCGGAUUUCGUAUCUGUCACACGGGGUCCGGGCAUGAUGUCGAAUCUGUCGGCAGGAUUGAAUACAGCCAAGGGCCUCGCUGUCGCCUGGGACGUCCCAUUACUCGGCGUCAACCACAUGCAAGCCCAUGCAUUGACACCGCGGCUGGUGAGCACUCUCAAGUCCGGGGAGCAAGAGAACCCCGCAGCGUCAAAAACAACCACCCCAGAUUUCCCCUUCCUAUCCCUCCUCGUCUCCGGUGGCCACACACUCCUCGUCCUCUCACGCUCCCUCAACGACCACGUCGUCCUAGCCGAAGCGCGGAGUAUCGCGAUCGGCGACAUGCUCGAUAAAUGCGCGCGCGUCAUCCUCCCUGCCUCCGAGCUCUCCGCCAGUGAAAACGUCAUGUACGGACCUCUCCUCGAGCGCUUCGCUUUUCCCUCUAUACCUUCAUCAGAUUACGACUACGAGUACCAAGGUUAUGCUACGCGUGCAGAGGAGGUUGAAAAAUACAAUCCUGGCUUCGGGUGGUGGCUUACGCCCGCGCUGUCCGGGUCGCGGGAUAUGGUUUACGAGUUCUCGGGGAUUAAUGGACAGGCGCAAAGUAUUAUGCAAGAAAACCCGGAUAUGGUGGUUGAGGAGCGGAGAGUGCUAGCCCGGCAUACCAUGCGUCUGGCUUUUGAGCAUUUGAUUAGUCGGUUGUGCUUUGCACUCACGCCUUCGGCGAAGAACAAGAAGGAUGUGGGCAAACCUGAUAAAGUUGAAAAUGAAAAUGAGGAGUUGCUGCGAAAGGUUCGCACCGUUGUUGUAGCUGGUGGCGUGGCGAGUAAUAGGUACUUGAUGCGUAUCCUGCGAGCGACGUUAGAUGCCCGCGGCUUCAGGCAUAUUAAGCUCGAGUGUCCGCCGAUACCGUUGUGUACGGAUAAUGCGGCCAUGAUUGCGUGGACGGGUAUGGAGAUGUAUGAAGCCGGAUGGCGGAGCGAGCUGGAUAUUGUUGCAUUGAGGAAGUGGUACAUGGAUUCGACGGCUGCAGGAGGUAUAUUAGGAGUUGAAGGGUGGAGAAAGGUUGAAGAUGAGAAGGAACGACGAUACCCCUUUAGAAACUUAGAAACUCAAACCAUAGUUCUGGCUUAG